AUGUCGAACCAGCAAGUGGGUGCGGUAUUCGAGAAGGUCAUCAAGGACGUCUGCGAGAACUCCCAGGUCGACUUUGAGGAGAGCGGUGUUGACCAGAAAACACUGCUUGAUCUGCGCGAGACCUGGCAAAAGAAGCUCUCCUCGGUCAACGUUGCUCAGUUCCCCUGGGAUCCCCCAGUUCAGCCCAUCCCCCAAGCUCCCCUGCCUCCUCAGGCUACCGUCCCAUCCAACGCACCCCGCCCACCUCCUCCUCAGCCUCAACAUGUCCCUCCUCCAGUAUCUAUGCCACAGCAAGUUCCUAUGCAAGCCCCUGCCCCGGUGGCACCCGUCGCACCGCCUCCCAUGACCGCCCCUCGAAUCAAGACAGAGCCUGGCGUUAAUGGCCCACCUCAAAUGCCCCCAAUGCAUCAAAAUAUGCCUGGAAACACGCCAAACCCACAAAUGGCUCGCGACCGUGCUGCAGCUCAAUUGACCCAAAGAUUUGGCGCCUCCGCUGCCACAUCAGUCAGCCAGCUCCAAUCUCAAGCUGCUGGGCAACAGCCCUACUCGCAGAUGCACCACCCUGCCAAUGGCCAGAUGCCCCAAAUCAAGCAGGAGUCUGGCCAUCCCUCUCUCGGACCCAGCCAGACCGACGGUGCCGAUGAUGCACUAGCCGACUGGAAGGCAGAGGUUGCCCGUCGCCGAGAAGCCGCCCAGAACGGACAAGGAGAUCAUCUUCUUCGCGAGUAUCUGAAGCAUCAGAUGAGCGGGUUGGAGGGCGGCGGUUUGCUUCGUCCUCUGUCUGAGCAGGAGUCAGCCAUCGCAAAGGCACGUCGCACAGCUCUUGUCGCUCCCCUGGUUAGAGCCAAUGCGUCGGAGUCAACCCCUCCUUUCCCCAAGACGCUUGGUCAGUACGACGGCGUGGACGACGAUGUGAAGGAGGAAGCGGACGAGGAUGCGAUUAACUCGGAUUUGGAUGAUCCUGAUGAUCUUAUCGAUCACGAGGCAGAGGCCGACGAGGCCGAUGGUCAGGUCAUGCUUUGCACCUACGACAAGGUCCAACGAGUCAAGAACAAGUGGAAGUGUACCCUGAAGGACGGCAUUUUGACCACUGGUGGCAAGGAGUAA